AUGAAGCAGUACCAACGAGUAUUGCUAUUUGGUUCAGUGUGCACCGUGCUCAUAGCAACAGCUGUGUAUGUCGUACAAGAAGACCGAGCAGUAAAAGCAAGGAAAGCGAUACGGGCCAACGAAAAGCAGGCUCUCGCACUGCUGCACCAGAUCAAGCAAGACCACCAGACUAUCUCGCAUGAAUUAGAUCAUCUGGAUCCACAAGAUAGCAAGCUCGAGUAUAAGCUCGCUUACAACAAUGAAAUGUUGCUACGACUUAUGGAACGCCUAGACGCAAUACAGCCACGUGCAGCUAUUCUAAACGACCGAACCGAUGCACCUAGUGAGUUUGAGGAGACCAUGAUACAACAUCUCAAGGAACGAAAGCGUAAAUUGAUCAAGGCCAUUGAGAGGGACUUUAAACGGGUUGACCAAUUUCGCUAG